GUCUCGCUACACUCCUAGCGAGACCCAAAGAUUGAAAUCUUUGGCGAGACCAAUCAUUUAUCAAUGGAAAGAAUAUUAUUUAAAUGGCUGCCUAGCCUCCUUUAUGUUGGACAGCUUGGUUUCAUCGCGACAUAACCAUUAUCACUGUGGACUAGGGUUACCAACUUUUUUUCUAUCAAAUAUACUGCCUAGGGGCCGUUCAUUUAUUACGUGAGACUACUUUCGCUUCGGUGAUCAACGAUGGUGUUGCGUUGCUAAGCAACGGUUUCAGCAAAUAGUAAACAAAUGCAAUGUCAAAACAGAGAAAACUGUUGCUUUUUGUGGAACUUAUAAAGUUUCUCCAGUUAUUCUUAAAUUGAAAUUUUAACUAUCCAAGUUAAUCGAAAUACAUCAUAAUGGCGUGCAAAACAUCUUUCGAGUUGCACCACAAUUUUCCGAAAAUAGCAGACGAAGCUGGUUUUACAUUUAACACCCAUCGCCCUAGAAUUCGUAUCGAUUGGAAUAAAAUAAGAUUGAUUGAUGUAGAAAAUUUAAUAAGGGAAAGAAAGUUUGUUUUUAUUGAACAACGUUUAAACGACAUAUUGGACUGUAUUUUGGAGUCCGAAUUUGACGUCCGGAUUCUAGACGAAGGCGUUCUUAAGAUGUUCCGAUUGGCACAGUUAACCGUUGAAUAUCAACAAUUCUGCAGGCAUUAUCUCGACAGAAGCGUUUACGUGUUACGAGAGGAGAUAAACUCACUUGCUCGGGAACUUGAUGCCACUAAGAAAGAACUUAAUGAAAAAGAUGAAGAAAUAAGAAAAAUAAAAAGAAAAUCAAAACACACAUAUAGAACGACACUUCCUUAUGGUAACGAUAAUAUUGCAAAUAUGAUUUUAAAAACUUUAACCAAUAAAAGUGAUAUUUUUCAUACCAGUAAUCCAGGAGCCUCUAUCCAAUACAAUAAGUGUAGUUAUUGUGAUAAAGUAUUCAUGAACCAACUCUAUCUUCAAAGUCAUAUUUCAAGAAGACACGCUCAAGUUAUGGAAGUUCCACAAAAAGAUUUUGAUGAAAAUACAAAAAAUACUGCACAUAGUAUAGAAAAUAAUAAAUUAAGGGAAGAAGUAUCCGAGCUAAAAGACAAAUUGAAAGAAAUGGAAGCUAUUGUAAAAAACUUUAAUAAUAAACAAGAGAUUACUGUCCCCUUAAAUCACAAUAAUAAUUAUAGCAUCACGCAACAAACUAGUUUAGAAACGGAUAACAAGCAAAGGAAAGAUGCUGAAGUAUCUACAAGUAACGAGGUUAACUUAAUCGAUAGAAUUGAAGAAUGGAAAAAAGAGGAACAGGACAAAUAUAAUAAGGAAAUAAAUUUACUAAGAAAUCAGAUCAUGGAAACAAUUCAAGCUUUAAAAGAAAAAGAUAUUCCAAUAAGUCAGAGCAGCAACAAUGAAUUAAAAAUUAUAGAACAACUUAAUAUAACUAUAAAUAAACAAGGAUCGGAAAUAUUAGCAUUAAAACAGGAAUUAAUAAAUUCAAGAUUGAAAAUAGAAGAAGAAGAAAGUGAAAGACGUAAAGAGAAUGAGGCCCAAAUGUUACAAUUGGCUAGUCGAGCUGAAAGUUCUACGAAACAAUAUGAGCUAUUACUCCAUAAACUGAAUGAAGUAGCACAAGAAGCAAGAGAGUCGCGUGCGCAGGCUGAAGCAGAAAGGACUAGGGUUGAGCACUUGGAAAAAAUAUUACAAAAUAAUUUAAUGAACCGAUCGACAAACGAAAUCAGGGCUAACGAUAAUAAAAUGCCCCCGGUAUCAGUUGAGAAAACGAAAGAGAUUAUAAAACAAAAACUACCAGCAAAGAAAUCUCUCGGAAAUCCUUCACCAGAAGCUAGCCGCCAGGCCCUUGAAAAACUUCAUCAAAAGGCUCAAGCUCUUCUCAAUGUACAAUCGUCUGGUUCUUCCUCUGAUAUUUCAAGCGUGGGAAAGAAUUUAUAUUCACUGAAAGUAGGAUUUAACAAACACGAAAAUUUAUCACAAGAUCACAGAAGCCACGAUUCAAAAAAAGAAGACAAGAUUAACAGAACUAUAAGAAAAAAGGACAAAAUAUCUAAUCACAUAUUAAUGCAAUCUAAAAACAGCCAAGAAGACAAAACCAAAGAACAAAAGACUAAAAAAAGAAAAAUUUCAAAUUCUGUUCCGAACGCUACAAAAUUGGGCAAAAAUGGUCCAGUUGUUCCACCACGAAGUCCCAUGAAAGUCUUGAGAGCUAAAAUUACAGAAGAAGUAAAUAGCCGUCUUAUAUCAGCCGGAAUAGAUCCUUUAAAAAGUGGUCUCUCAAAGGAUAGUUAUAAAAAACAACGCAUGAAAUUACAACAACAUGUUGAACUUAAAGCUAAGAAAAAUCCAUCCCAUGAGAAAAUAAGACAUUCAAUUUUAACAUACCUGGACUCUAAUUUGCCAAAGAAGGCAACAACAGAAUCUCAAGAGUAUAUAUCACCGAACAAAACAUCGAGAUCCUUUAGUAUUUCUUCAGUUUUAUCCAACGUGAAAAAUAAGGCUUUGUCGUUGGUGAAGUCUAAUGAUGUUAAUGGUAAGGACAAAAGAAAAUCAAUAAACGAUGAAGUUGCGAAACGAGCUAUGACUUUACUGAAUACUCCGCCUGAUUCUAUACACUCGAGUCCAGAUUCUCAGAAGCGUCACACAACGACUCAAUCAGAAUACAAUCAUAAAUCUGAAUUAAAACGUAUAAACCAUUUCACACCCAAAAAAAUACCUAAGACAAUGGUAACCGACAUGCAUAACAAAGAGAUGAAUGAUUCGUCACCACAUUCUACAAUCACCAAUGACGAUCAAUCUGAUACAGACUCUAAGGAAAGCGAUCAUAAGUAUUACAAAGCGAUUGUUCAAGAAAAUCAAAUAUCAAAAUCUAUAGAGAAUUUAAUUAAAUCUCCAGCACGCAGACCAGUUUCAGCAAGUUCUGAUUAUAACACUACAGGUCGUAAAUACGGUCAAAAUGGCGAUCACUUACUGCGCUCUCAAUCUGUAAGCAGUAUAACAAACGUAAAACCAGAUGUUGCUAUUUUACACAGCAGUCCGACAAAGGAAAAUAGCGAUAGUAGGAUAUCAUCAUCAGAACACAUCCCAGGCGAAGAAAUACCAGCCAAUGAUAAUAACUUAAAUGGCAUAAAACAAACAAAAAGUGUUUUAAAAAACGCAUCUUCGACAUCUUCUUUGAAUAAGAAGAAGGUAUUGUUUGAUAUGGAUGCUAUACAAAUGAAAUCUCUUAGCGCAUCGCCUUCUCAGAGUAUUACUGAGAAAAGUGAUGGUAACGAGAAAUAUGAGCUUGGUCUUAUUAAUCUCGAUGGAGAUGAAUGGGAUAUAUCUAGUAUUGAAAAUGAGCCUCUAAAGGAAGACACAAAACUGCAUAUCAGUACUAAAGCAAGUCCGAAAAUAGCAGAACUGAAGAAAACGAUAGAAUCGCAGUUAGCUCGUCGGAAUGAGACACCAUCCACUGCAAUCGUGGGCGGUAUUGACAUAAUUACGGGGCCUGUAUUAAGAGCCUCCAGCAUGGGCGGCAGUAAUACCAGUUUGGGAAGUUCUAUCUUAGACGACUCAGAAAGCAUUCCACCUGUGAUGAACCACAAUUCAUUUGUAAAACCAAAAACUAUAACACGUAAGGAUGAUAGUGAAGUAGAUAUAUCAGAAUUUAGUACAGAAGGCCUUUUUAACACCAAAAAUGACAACAAUAAUUUUUAAUUACUAUUGCUUGAAGAAUUUCAAUAUUUUAAAGAUGUGCGGUACAAUUCCGUACAAUUAUGUGUUUAAAUAAAACGUUAAUGUGUUAACUGUAAUUAGUUAAGUAAUUAAAUUACAUUAUACCUAAUUUUUAUUUAAUAAUUUCUUACCUAUCUAAAGGGUAUAAAAUAAGUACCUACCUAUAUAACCUAAGGCUGUAGCCUAUAUACCAUCAAGGUAGCAACAGUCGUGUAGCCACUUAAAAAAAAAUUACAAACGAAACUAGGCAUUUCUAAUUAUGGCGUGGUUUAUUUACAGUAAAUAAAUAGUCUGUCCACAAACAAAGGAUUUUAGGACAAAACCAGAAUUUCAACAAAAAAAUCUUCGAAAUUAUGCUACUCAGACAAUAUUAAUUUUUCAAUGGCCUAAUACUCCUCUGGUAAUAUUGUUUAUACCAAAGUUACUGAAAAAAAAAACAGGGCGUCCCACGGCUACCUCAGACGGAGGGAAAGUAUAUUAAAUA